UGCUUAUCUGACGAUGGCGGUGGGAGCUCGACCGUCGGCGUGACCGCGGUGCUGCGGCGUGGCUGAGUUGUGGCGUAUCUGCAACUUACACUGUGCAUUUGUGCAUCACGUGAAAUAGCGUGGAUGACUAAUCCAUCUGAGCCUCAUGACGUAGCUACGAGAACUUGUCAAAUAGACCACCAGAGUACAUCUUCAGCAGCAGAUAAUGGCCUCCCGCACAAUGCUGCUCUUCGCAGGCCGAUCGCUGCGGUGCUGCUCGAGCAGGGUUGUUCCGAGAUUAAUAAUAGAGCCACAGCGAUGCCUGUUCUCUACAACGUCAGCAUGUACGAAGAAGGGGACGCCGAUGCCUCCGCGGCCGAAAAUGAACGAGGACGAGAUCGAGGAGGUGUUUAUCAAAGGCGGUGGAAAAGGCGGACAGAAGAUAAACAAGACAAACAGCAAAGUGCAGCUUCGACACAUACCAACAGGCCUGAUAGUCUCCUCACAAGCGACCCGCUCGCGUGAGCAGAACCGAAAGAUAGCGCGACGGAAGAUGGCUGAAGAGCUGCAGUUCCAGAACGAUCCAGAAAACAGCAGACGCGGGAAGUUGAUUGAGAAGAAACAAAAGUCGAAGCGGAAUCAGAGGAAAAAGGCUCUGAAACGAGCAAGGCAGAGAGAGGCGGACAAGUUGGGUCUUGCUGGGCCGCCAAACUCGCCUCAGAUCGAGGGAGAUGUACAGUCUGAUGCGAUCGAUCAUGAAGAGCCACUUCCAAUCGAAGCAAUCGAGGCAAAAACCACAGAACAUGAGGUUGAGGACGAUGGAGAGCCAGAUCAGGAAGAGAUCGAGAACGACUUACGAAUCCUACGGGAGAUCGAAGAAGAAGAGCGACAAGAGGCUGCUGCUGCCGCUGCCGAGAUUGUCGACGAAGAAUACGAGACUGAGCAGCUCGAUUUUGAACCUGUUGUUGAUCUUCUCUCGUCUCGCAAGAAAAACAAAAAAAAAAAAUGAAUGAAACAAAUUGUAUAUAUAUAUCACGACAAUACAAGCGCGCAUACAACUAAAUCUUCAAAGAAGUAUCUCCUCCCCUCUUACAAGUGCACAGCAUCUCGCGGUGACUUCUUCUCCACAUUCGGAGUUGAAGGAGUGCUAGCCGGCACGGGCUCCAGAGGCGGUAUUCCACUUACCAGCUGCAAAACCUUCUUAAUCAGUCCACUCUCGACCGAUCCGCUCGAUCGGUCAUACAGAGACAUUAUCACUGCAAAACUGCCGGCAAAUACCAAAACGUCGCCGUUACUGUAAGCAGUCACAUAUGUUAGCACUUCUGUGUCAAUGCUGUAGAUAUGAUAUCAAAAGACUAUACUUACGGAAUCGUGCGCACCUUGUUGUG